GUUAAAUGUCGUUCGAACUGUAAGAGCAAAAUUCAAGUACUAAAUUGUAAGAAAGAAUAAAUUAAAAUUACAUUAACAUGAUCUGUAUUAUAAAAUGUGUAAUAUUGGUGACAACCAUACCAAUUAUUGCUGGAUACUUUAGCUAUAGUAAACGUGAUCAACAUACAUGGAUUCAAAAUUUUAAAUUAUGUGGUGGAAAAUUGCAAUCUCCAAUAUCCAUAUCAUCAUCCAAAUCAAUAACUCUUCCUUUACCUGCACUUGAAGUAAUUGGCUAUCAUGAUUUUUUACCCAGUCCAUUAUAUUUGGAAAACAAUGGUCAUUCAGUUGUAAUUAAUAUAAAUAAUCACUUAAGAAAAAGACUACCUUAUAUAUUUGGAGGCUCACUUGAUAUAAAUCAAGAAUAUGAAGUAGAUCAUCUGCACUUUCAUUGGGGUGCAAAAAAUAACAGGGGAUCUGAGCAUAUUUUAAAUGGUGUUAGAUAUCCUAUGGAAAUGCAUAUAGUUCAUAAAAAUAAGGCUUAUUCAAAUUUAUCUAAUGCACUAAAUUACAAAAAUGGUCUUGUAGUUCUAGGAAUCUUUUUUCAAUUACAGGAAGAAGAUAACAAAUCCUUAUACUCUAUCGUAAAUGCCUUAACGAACGUGCAAUUCUUAAAUAAUGAAAUAGCAUUAAAUAAACCUAUAAGGCUAGUUUCAUUAUUGCCUAAAAAUACGGAUGUAUUUUAUACUUAUAAGGGUUCAUUAACUACACCACCAUGUAAUGAAGUAGUAACCUGGAUAAUUUUUCCCGCGCCUGUAUCAAUAUCUGUUUCGCAGUUAAAGAAAUUUAGAAAUCUUUUCAGUAAAAAUGGUAUGUUAACUGAUAAUUAUAGAAAAUUACAAGAUAUAGGACUUAGAAAAGUGUAUGUUAGAAGAUUAAAUCCAUAUUUAGUUGAAAAAUAUAACGAAGAGAUUUUUAAUGUUACGAAUUUAAAGUGGUUUUCGUAAUUAAAUGAAUUCUAGAUUAAAUUAAUUUUCCAACUUUGAGUUGUUUAAGGAAAAUAAAAUACGAUAUAUUUUUGUAAAGUAUUCAAAAGUAUUCAAAAAAAAAUAUUGAAUUAAAAAUGUAAAUUUCUAUGAUGUUCAAUUAAGAAUUAUGAGUAAUCUUAGAAAUAAUUUACAUUACAUAAAGAUAUCUUAUAAGGCAAAAUUAAAUAGUUUUGAAUAGUAUAUCACAAGGUAUAAUUAUAAUGUAAAUGGCGGUAUUUUAAAACUUUAAAAAUUACUUUUAUCUUUUUAAGUUAGUUUAUAUAUAUAUUUUUACGUGAAUCAAUGCGCAUUUUUAUUCUCUAAAAAAAAGUGUUAAGUAUUCUUGUGUUUACUUUCCUUGUCUUUCAUUUGACAAGAUCCACAAAUUUAAAAGAUAAAAUAUCUUUCAAAUUGAUCGUAUUAAUCGUAAAUAAAUUUAAAAAUAUUUUGAAAUUUUUUAAAUGCCUUUACUCUCUUACUAUUCUAAACUAUUUAAUUUUAUCCAAAGAAAUUUUCUUCUAUUUCCUACUAUUUUAAAACUAUAAAUCACUAAAUUAUGUAAUAUAAAAAGAACUAAAUAAAAACUGACGAAUGAUGUUCAAUAAAAGAUCCUUUUAUUUAAUAAGAACAAUAUAACAUAAACUUCAUAAAUAAAUGUAAAAGAAUAAAUGUGGUGAAUAAAUACAUUUUUAUCAAAUACAUUUAUUAAAGACAGGCAGAAACUUUAUCAAUCGUCGUAUGUAAUACGUAUGUGUAUGUACAUACAUAUAGUUGUAUGGACUAGUUGAGUCUAUUCGUGUAAGUUUGGUGUGUAUAUAGUCAUCUAAUGAAGUGACUGCAAGUAGCUAGAGAAUGUGAAGGUAGAGUUGAUGUAAUCACGUAUCACGUUAAAAGGCAUUGACAGUACCACAUUUUUUAACAAUGUCGUCAUCCAAAUUACAAAAAAUUUAAAGUUAAUCGAUAAGUAUAGGUAAAUUAAAUCGUCUUCGAUAAAUUUGAAAUAUAGACAACGUGAGGCGUGACAGUGUACUUAUUUUAAACAGUGAUUUCAACAGCGUGAAUGAUGACAAUAAUUAAAAACGUUUGGUGGCGAUAAUUACAGCAGCCAUAAAAUCACACAGAUUAUUUUUUUCAUCCGUGUGUUGUAUUAGUUCUACACAACAUAUAUGAACACCUUGAAGGUUAUGCGGCAAUUCUUAUCGAUCGAUUUUACUUUCGUGCCUGACCUGCUUACUGUUUAACGUGUAUCCAGAGCACGAAAAUUGACCAAAUAAUUUAUUUGUUACCGUGAACCAAAAAUAUUUUCUUAUAGAAAUCUUUUUAUUUCGUAAAAUAAGAAUUCGAAGAUGGUUUUUGAGUCGAUUGUUACCGAGCUCCUGAACAAGGUGUUGGGAGAGUAUAUUCAAAAUUUGGAUUGCACGCAA